UUGUGGUCUGCUUGAAAUUCCACUUUAUCGUACUCAAGUUUUUAGGGGUCUUGAUUAUCAAAUUGUGGCAAGUUAUAAUAAUGUUUAUCAAAAUAUAAUUUCGAAAGUUAAUCGAAAUCUUUAAUAGUUGUAAAAAAUAAAAUCGUUUCAAAUAUUGAUAAGAGACAGAAGAAUUGAAAUAAUACCUACUUAUAAUUUUUCUGUUUCAAUUCUAACUUUAUCAAAAAUAAUUGAAAGAUGCAUGACAAUACUUAAAGAUAAACCUUUAUCAUAUCACUGCACUUGAAAUAUCCCAAUUCAUUUUGACGAAUUACAAAUAUUAUUUUAAACAAGGCUCACUUUACUCAAAGAAUCAAUAAAAGAUGUUUAAAACAUUUACAUUUUUUAUAUUAACUUUAAUAAUCGCGGUUAGUGCCGUAUCGGAUGAUGAUGCAUACAAAGAUGUUGAUGAGUUAAUUGAGAAAUAUGGUUAUACUUUAGAAAAACACACAGUAACAGUCGAUGGGAACAUAUUGGAACUUCACAGAAUACCUAAUAAUGAUAAUAAAAAAGUUAUCUUGAUUAUGCAUCAAUUUUUAACCAGUUCCGCUGAUUUUGUAAGUAAUGGGAAUCAAAGUUUAGCGUUUUUAUUGGCCGAUGAAAAUUAUGAUGUAUGGCUUGGAAAUGCUAGAGGUAAUACGUAUUCAAGAAAUCAUGAAUCGCUAAAUCCAGCAAAUGAUAACGAAUAUUGGCGAUUUAAUUUAAAUGAUGUUGCAAAAGUUGAUUUACCAGAAAUAAUCGAAUAUAUUACAACAACCACAGGGGCAGAAGAAAUUUUUUAUGUUGGUCAUGGUCAAGGAAGUACAUUAUUUUACAUUAUGGCAUCUGAAUUGCCCGAUUAUAAACCUCCAAUUAAACGUAUGGUAGGUUUAGCACCAAUGGCUCAUAUGGACAAUAUGCCAAAUUUAUUCUUUAGAAUCUUAAAUACUGUACCUACUAUAUUGGGUGAUGGUUUGGAUCUUAAGUCUAUCUUCGGACUACUUGACCUGCUGUUUAAAAGUAAACUUAAUGACAUGUUUUCAAAAACCGAAAAUUAUAUCUUUGCUAAAUUAUGCGAUGAUGAAGCAUUGUUGGUCGAAUUAUGUGCUGGGUUUGUUAACUUAAUCUACGGUUUUGAUAAUGGACAAAUUCCAAGAAGUAAAGUACCUGUAAUGCUAUCUAAUGCAUACGCAGGAAGCUCUUUUCAACAAUUAAAAAGUUAUGUGGACAUGUAUCUUAACGAUGGAUUUGCCAAAAAUUACAAAAACUUGGGAAAUAUUGAUAUACCCAAUGCGAUAUUUUAUGGACUUAACGAUUGGUUGAUAUCCACAACAGACAUUGAACAUUUAGCGGAUGAUUUAAAAAACAGUUUAAAGUUAAAAUACGAAAUUCCCGGCACGGACUUCACUCAUAUCAGUUUUCUUUUUGGAAAAGAUGCAAAGGAACUCGUUUACGAGCCGUUAUUGGAAUUUUUAGAAGGGAAGGAUAUAAACGCUUAAUUUGAAUUAUAUAUAGUUCAAAUAUUUAACAUAAUAAAAGAAAUUAUGUAAAUUUUA